CCUCGCAAAGGCGUCUUGAUAAACGCCGCCCUCUUUCUCUCUCGAGUUUUUACAAAUUCCUUUGCAUUUCAUCCUUCAAAUUUUCAAGAGAAAAUGAGAGAGUGCAUCUCGAUUCACAUUGGUCAGGCCGGUAUUCAGGUCGGCAAUGCAUGCUGGGAACUUUACUGCCUCGAGCAUGGCAUUCAGCCUGAUGGCCAGAUGCCAAGUGAUAAGACCGUUGGUGGAGGAGAUGAUGCCUUCAACACCUUUUUCAGUGAAACUGGUGCUGGGAAACAUGUCCCUCGUGCUGUGUUUGUUGAUCUUGAGCCUACCGUGAUUGAUGAAGUGAGGACUGGAACAUAUCGCCAACUUUUCCACCCUGAGCAACUUAUCAGUGGCAAGGAAGAUGCUGCCAACAACUUUGCUCGUGGCCACUAUACCAUUGGUAAGGAAAUUGUUGAUCUCUGCCUGGACCGUAUCAGAAAGCUUGCUGACAACUGCACUGGCCUCCAAGGAUUCUUGGUUUUCAAUGCGGUUGGAGGUGGUACUGGGUCUGGUUUAGGGUCUCUUCUGUUGGAGCGUCUCUCUGUUGACUAUGGCAAGAAAUCAAAGCUAGGUUUCACUGUUUAUCCCUCUCCUCAGGUCUCCACAUCUGUUGUUGAGCCUUACAACAGCGUCCUUUCAACUCAUUCCCUCCUUGAGCACACUGAUGUUGCCGUGCUGCUUGACAAUGAAGCCAUAUAUGACAUUUGCAAGCGCUCCCUAGACAUUGAACGCCCCACUUAUACCAAUCUUAAUCGUCUUGUCUCUCAGGUCAUCUCAUCUCUCACUGCCUCUCUGAGGUUUGAUGGAGCCCUGAAUGUGGAUGUGACUGAGUUCCAGACCAACCUGGUUCCAUACCCAAGAAUCCAUUUCAUGCUUUCCUCCUAUGCCCCUGUCAUUUCUGCAGAGAAGGCCUAUCAUGAGCAGCUCUCAGUUGCUGAGAUCACCAACAGUGCUUUUGAGCCUUCAUCCAUGAUGGCCAAAUGUGAUCCACGCCAUGGCAAAUACAUGGCUUGCUGUCUCAUGUAUCGAGGUGAUGUUGUGCCCAAGGAUGUGAAUGCAGCUGUGGCCACCAUCAAGACCAAGCGCACAAUCCAGUUUGUUGACUGGUGCCCUACUGGAUUCAAGUGUGGCAUCAACUAUCAGCCACCAACUGUUGUUCCAGGAGGUGAUCUUGCCAAGGUGCAGAGGGCUGUCUGCAUGAUCUCUAAUUCAACUAGUGUUGCAGAAGUGUUCUCCCGCAUUGAUCACAAGUUUGAUCUGAUGUAUGCUAAGCGUGCCUUUGUGCAUUGGUAUGUUGGUGAGGGCAUGGAGGAAGGAGAGUUCUCAGAGGCCCGUGAGGAUCUUGCUGCUUUGGAGAAGGAUUAUGAGGAGGUUGGUGCAGAGUCUGCCGAGGGAGAGGAUGAUGAAGGAGAGGAAUACUAGGAUAAAGAUGUGUGUGCGUUUUCCUUAAUGCUUUUGAUGUAGCUGUGUGGUCUUGUUUUUCAGCUUUUGCUCUGGAUGUAUGUUCAUUAUCAGACUUCUGAUAAUUGAAUCUCUAUUACCUUGUUCUAUGUUUCGUGCUGCAUGUUUUUGUAUCCUAGGGACCAUUUCUCUAUUUCUGAUAUCAACGUUACUCAGUAAUUUCUGAUA